AACAGUGACUGUGCUGCAGGCUCAGGAGUACCAUGCUGCCCCGCUGUGCAUUCAGUGUGUGCCAUGUGUUUGUGUUGGUGCUGUGUCUGUCUUCGGCUGAGGACUUCGACUGGACAAAGAACGGUCACAGCUCCUUCCAUUAUGGCACUUUUCCAGCUGGAUUUUCGUGGGGUGCCGGCAGUUCAGCCUACCAAACAGAAGGAGCUUGGGACAAAGAUGGAAAAGGACUGAGCAUCUGGGACGUGUUCAGUCAUAAGAAAGGCAAAAUCCAAAGAAAUGACACCGGGGAUUCCUCCUGUGAGGGUUACCACAAAGUCAAGGAUGAUGUUUCCCUGAUGAAGGAGUUGAAGCUUAACCACUAUCGCUUCUCUAUAUCCUGGCCCAGGCUCAUCCCCACUGGCAUAAAGUCUGACCAUAUAAAUGAAAAGGGAAUACAGUACUAUGAUGAGCUGAUUAACCAUCUGUUGGAGAGCAAGAUCACUCCCAUUGUUACCCUGUAUCACUGGGAUCUUCCACAGGUCUUGCAAGAGAAAUAUGGCGGAUGGCAGAACAUAAGCAUGGUCAAUCAUUUCAAUGAAUUUGCGAGCCUUUGCUUUGAAAGAUUUGGUAACCGAGUGAAGUACUGGAUGACUUUCAACAAUCCAUGGUCGGUCGCAGUCGAAGGCUAUGAGACGGGUGAGCAUGCUCCCGGACUGCGGCUGAAAGGAACAGGUGCAUACAAAGCUGCCCAUCACAUAAUCAAGGCCCACGCGAAGGUUUGGCACACUUAUGACACUCAAUGGAGAGGGAAACAAAAAGGUCUAGUUGGCAUCUCCCUCUCCGGGGAUUGGGGAGAGCCGGUGGAUAUCAGCAACCAGAAAGACAUUGAGGCAGCUGAGAGAUAUGUCCAGUUCUUCCUGGGCUGGUUUGCCACACCCAUCUUUCAUGGAGAUUACCCUCAAGUGAUGAAAGACUUUGUCGGAAGGAAGAGUGCCCAACAAGGCCUCGGGACGUCCCGCCUGCCCACAUUUUCCCCCCAAGAGAAGAGCUACAUCAAGGGGACCUGUGACUUCCUGGGCAUCGGCCAUUUCACCACCCGCUACAUCACCGAAAAGAACCACCCAUCAGCUCGCGGCAGCGGCAGCUACUUCACCGACCGUGACCUGGCGGAGCUGGUUGACCCGCGGUGGCCCGACCCCGGCUCAGAGUGGCUCUACUCGGUUCCAUGGGGUUUCAGACGUCUGCUCAAUUUUGUCAAGUCUCAGUACGGAAACCCGAUGAUUUAUGUGACGGAGAACGGAGUCUCUGAGAAGAUGCUGUGCACAGAACUGUGUGACGAAUGGAGGAUCCAGUAUUAUAAGGACUACAUCAAUGAGAUGCUGAAAGCCAUCAAAGACGGAGUGAACGUGAAGGGCUACACCGCGUGGUCCCUGCUGGACAAGUUUGAGUGGGAUGAAGGUUACUCAGAGAGGUUCGGCUUGUACUAUGUGGACUUCAGGAACAAAAACAAGCCCCGCUAUCCCAAAGCUUCUGUCCAGUUUUACAAACGCGUCAUUAGCUCCAACGGAUUUCCCAAUCAGAGAGAGGUGGAGAACUGGAGGAGGAAGGCGGUUGAGACUUGUUCCUCCAGCAAUCAGCUCCUAGCUGCAGACCCUUUGACCAGCCAAAUGGAGAUGGUAACUGAAAUUGUUGUUCCCACCGUUUGCACACUCUCUAUUUUGCUCGGCGCCGUCUUCCUUAUGUUCCUGCUGCGGAGGCGGAACUAGACGUUGUGCAUCUUU